ACAAAAUCCAGAAAAUUUCUCACGAUCCUUUCUAGUAUAUUUCUUUCAAUAUUUUGGCUGAAUGGAUUAUGAUCCAUCGGAUGAGAAAAAGGCUAUUGAUGAUGCAAAAGCUGGUGUUAAGGGACUUGUUGAUUCUGGAAUAGUUGAGAUUCCAAGAAUUUUCAUUAGGCCACCUCAUGAACUUGCUGAGGAGUUGAAUAUGUGCAAGUCAACUCAACAGGUUCCGGUCGUGGAUCUAAGUGGCAUACACGUUGAAGAUGGGCGUAAGAAGAUUGUUGAUGAAAUAAGGGAAGCAUCUGAGAAAUGGGGCCUUUUCCAACUGAUAAAUCAUGGGAUUCCUUCUAGUGUUUUGGAAGGAAUGAUCGAUGGGACUCGUAAAUUUCAUGAACAAGAUGUUGAAGUGAAGAAAGAGUACUAUUCGUCUGAUCCAACAGCCAGACAAGUUAGAUAUGAUAGCAAUCUCCAUGUGUUCAAAACAAAAGGAAAGACUGCAAACUGGAAGGAUACAUUAUACAUCUCUGAGCUAGUUUCUGGUUACAUUGAACCAGAAGAAAUACCAGAAGUUUGCAGGAAAACAUCCCUUGAGUACAUAAAUCAUGUCGUAAAACUAGAAGAUAUUCUUCUUGGCUUACUAUCAGAAGCUCUCGGGCUAAAGCCAAACCACUUAAAAGCCACUGAAUGUGACAAAAAACAGUUAAUGGUAUGUCAUUACUACCCGGCAUGCCCACAGCCAGAGCUAACUCUUGGUACCGAGAAGCAUACAGAUCCUAUUUUCCUUACAAUUGUGCUUCAAGAUCAGAGUGGUGGGCUCCAAGUCAUGUGUGAUAACCAAUGGGCCGAUGUUACACCGAUUGAACAUGGUUUGGUUGUUAAUAUUGGUGACCUUCUACAGAUCCUUUCAAAUGACAAGUUUGUGAGUGCAAUUCAUAGAGUUGUAGCGAAAAAGGUAGGACCAAGGAUUUCAGUAGUAUGCUUCUUCAACGGAGUUUCUACCCCUCCGAAGCUGUAUGGUCCAAUCAAAGAGCUCAUAUCUGAAGAUAACCCCCCACUAUAUAAAGAUUUUCCAUUAGUUGAUUAUGUCACCAAGUUUUUGUCCAAGCCUCUUGAUAAGACUGGCCUUGAUCUUUUCAGACUAUGAAGAGAGAUCGACCAUCACAUCGCCAAGAAGCAGCUAAAAUCACCAUAAACAAUGUCUGCUGUUUAUUUUCAAAUGAAGGGAUAAAUCUGAAGAACAUACUCCCUUGUGUAUCCUUCAUUUUGCUCCUCUAAUAAUAAUAAUGUAUGCACUAUCAGAUCAGUAAAAAACU